ACGCGGGGCCACUGCGUCAGAUGAGUCCAAAUGCAGGCGGCUGAGAGCUUUUUUGUUUCGGUGGGAGGAGCCGUUUUCCUGCGAUUGUCUGGCCGCACUCUCUCUCCCUCUCCCCAAUCCUCUCGCGCUCCUGCUCGCGCUCUCAUUCCUCCUCGCACUUCUCAAAGUUGAGACUCGGAGCCGAUCUCCGCCGCGCGGCGCGCUCGCUCAGCGGACCGUGUGGGACGCGUUUCUCCCGACUCCUCCGUCCGCUGUCGGCGUUUCUUCCAACUUCACUUCCCGUGGUCAUUUCAAGAUGACAGAAGAAGACACGCUUCGACAUUUACAGCUGGUGUCUUGCCAGCGUGUGUGGGAUUUGAUGUUACCUUUAGAUUGGUUCAACUGAAGAUGGAAACACUGGAGUCUGAGCUGACCUGCCCGAUCUGCCUGGAAUUAUUUGAAGACCCGCUGCUCCUGCCUUGUGCUCACAGUCUGUGCUUCAACUGUGCUCAUCGUAUCCUGGUCUCUCACUGUUCCACAAGCAAACCCCUCGAGUCCAUCUCGGCCUUUCAGUGCCCGACUUGCCGCUACGUCAUCACGCUGAAUCACCGUGGGCUCGAGGGCCUGAAGCGCAAUGUGACGCUGCAGAACAUCAUUGACCGCUUUCAGAAGGCCUCCCUCAGUGGCCCCAACUCCCCCACAGAGAGCCGCCGCCUGCAGCAGCAGCGGCCCUACACCGCCACCAUUAGUGGAACUAUUGGAGGCGGUGGCGGCGGUGGAGGUGGCACCAGCGGAAGUAGUGCUCGGAGCAGCCCGGCCACUUCCAGCCACCCCCACUCGCACGCCAAUCACAUCAACCACGCCAAUCACACCAACGCCAAUCACAGCCCCGCUGUGGUGGCCAAGAUGGAUCACCGGAUUAGCUGCCAAUUCUGCGAGCAGGAUCCGCCGCGCGAAGCCAUCAAGACCUGCGUCACAUGUGAGGUGUCGUACUGUGACCGCUGUCUUCGCGCGACGCAUCCCAACAAAAAGCCCUUCACCAGUCACCGCCUGGUGGAGCCGGUGCCGGACACACACAUCCGUGGCCUGACCUGCCUGGAGCACGAGAACGAGAAGGUCAACAUGUACUGCUUAGUGGACGACCAGCUCAUCUGUGCCCUCUGCAAGCUGGUGGGGCGACACCGGGAGCACCAGGUCUCUUCGCUGACAGAGCGCUUCGACAAGCUCAAGGCAUAUCAGGUGAGCCCGGGCAGAGUGUCAGAUGCAGUAAUGGAGGCUUCAAAGACAAGCGCUGCGCAAACACUGGAGAACAACUUGACCAACCUGGUGAAGAGGAACAGUGAACUGGAGAACCAAAUGGCGAAACUCAUCCAGAUCUGUCAACAAGUGGAGGUGAACACUGCGAUGCAUGAAGCCAAGCUGGUGGAGGAGUGCGAUGAGCUGGUGGAGAUCAUCCGUCAGAGGAAGCAAGUCAUCGCUGUAAAAAUCAAAGAGUCAAAGGUGAUGAAGCUUCGGAAAUUGGCCCAGCAGAUUGCGAAUUGCCGCCAAUGUCUGGAACGCUCCAGCGCCCUCAUCACACAAGCCGAGCAGAGUCUGAAAGAGAACGACCACGCCCGCUUUCUCCAGACGGCUCGGAACGUCGCUGAGCGGGUUGCCAUGGCAACGGCCUCCUCGCAGGUUCUCAUUCCAGAUGUCAACCUGAAUGAAGCGUUUGACAACUUUGCCCUGGACUUUUCCCGGGAGAAGAAGAUCCUGGAAGGACUGGAUUACUUAACAGCUCCUAAUCCUCCAUCAAUACGAGACGAGCUGUGCACGGCCUCACAUGACACCAUCACUGUGCACUGGACGUCCGAGGACGAGUUCAGCGUCACCUCUUACGAACUGCAGUACACCAUUUACACUGGCCAGACCAAUUUCAUCAGUUUGUACAACUCAGCAGACAGCUGGAUGAUUGUGCCCAACAUCAAGCAGAACCACUACACGGUGCACGGCUUACAGAGCGGCACCCGUUACAUCUUCUUUGUCAAGGCCAUCAACCAGGCAGGGAGCCGCAACAGUGAACCCGCCCGCCUCAAAACCAACAGCCAACCCUUUAAAUUGGACCCCAAAACUGCCCACAAGAAGCUUCGGCUGUCCAACGACUGCCUGACCAUGGAGAAAGAUGAAAGCUCGCUGAAGAAGAGCCACACCCCGGAGCGCUUCAGCGGCACUGGCUCCUAUGGCGCUGCUGGAAACGUGUUCAUCGAUAGCGGGUGCCACUACUGGGAGGUGCUUCUCGGAGCUUCGACGUGGUAUGCCAUUGGCAUUGCUUACAAAUCAGCCCCCAAAAAUGAAUGGAGCGGCAAGAACUCGUCCUCCUGGGUGUUCACCCGCUGCAACAACAACUUCAUGGUGCGCCACGACGGCAAAGAGAUGCUGGUGGAAGCCAGCCUGCAGCUGCGGCGGCUGGGCGUCCUGCUGGACUACGACAACAACUCGCUGUCCUUCUACGACGCCAUGAACUCCCAGCACAUACACACCUUCGAGGUCUCCUUCCUGCUGCCCGUCGUACCUACCUUCAUGAUCUGGAACAAGUCAGUCAUGAUCCUCUCAGGCCUGCCUGUCCCGGAUUUUGUCGACGGCAUGUCUCUGGACCAUCAAGAGCAGCAGCAGCAGCAGCAGCAGCAGAUGGGAUUGUGUCGACAAGAAUCGCCAUACUUGACUGGGAUGAAGAGCUGCCACUGAGGAAGGUCAUCCAGAGGCCAAGCAGAGUCAGACAAGCAUUGACUGGGAGCUGUGAGACUGUUAUCUGUCCUGUUGUCCAACCUUGGAGUGCACUGGUUCUUUUCAUCGGGACCCUGAUGGUGUCACACCAGUCUUCAAAAUGAAAUGAGCUGGUUACCACCCGACAUUUUUCCAGAUCAUGUAUCAGCCCUCUUGGGAUUUUGCACUUGUGUGAAUUCACACAGUUAUAUCCCUGGAGGGAAUUAUGAUCCUCAUCAAAAUGAAUAGUAGGAGGCAUGUCACCACAAUGUGUUGGUAUUCACCCUCUUUAGCACCACGGUCAGAAGAACCCUGCAUGAAAACACGUGCGUUUCAGUUCAUCACUGGUCGGUGGCCGUGACUGUCUUCGGCAGUUUUAGAAGGUCGUGGUGAGAACAAACACAAAACCAAAAUGGCUGCUCUGACUUCUUUUGAGAGGAGGAAGAGAGUUUAUUUUAGGGGCUUCAAACUACAUGGCCAAAAACCAAUCACUGCAAUGUAAAAUUAUAAUCAUAAACAUAGUUUAAAAUGCUGAGGUUUGACUGAGGGAAGCACAAUAAUAUGAAAGUUAAAAUUGAGCAUCAAGGGUGACAUUUCGGGGGGAAAAAAACAGAAAAAAAGGAGUUCAUAGAAAAUGAUAGUCAGGUCAAAUAUUUGAUGUUUAUUUUGAAAUAGUUUUGUUAAUUCAAAUAAAUUUGGUCAGAAAUUGGCCUAAUAUCUCCAUGGCAUGUCAUGGUGUCUGUCACUGAAAAAAUGAUUCCUUACAAGUUGCAGCUUCAAAAAGCUGUCAGAGUAAGAAGUGAGUGGAGAAGGAUUUUUUUUUAUCUCGUAUUUAAAAGCAAUUCAGAAAGACAGUCGCUUCGAGUUGCUUUAUUUUGACAUAUAUUAAGUCAUUUCAAAUGGAACUGGAGUCCUUCAGUUCGAGACAUUCCCACAAAGCAAAUGUAAAAGACAAAAAAUAAUGUUCCUUUUUUGUGCUUCCUAAGUCUGUCCACUUCCUCUUCUGCCCGAGACUUUCCUGCUCUGUUUUCACCAGAGCUGAUAACCAACUUCUCAUGUGACUACUCAUCGUGUAUAAUAAGAGGUUUAUUGAAAAGACUAAAGUAUUAUUUAAGGCAAUACAGAUGAACUUUUAUUCUUGAUCUUAAUAUCUCGAUGCACUUUUUUGAUUGCGUUCCCUCCGAUGUGGAUGAGAGGGUGAGGGCUGUAUAAGAGUAGCACUUGUUACCUCUCUGAACAUUUGAUAAAAGCUCAUUGUGGAUGAUCUGUGUGGCGGGUGUCCGUCUGUGACACUGGCUGCAGCCUCACUACUGCAGUUCGCUAUGAAACAAAAGCUUGUGUUUUGGCGCCACCUGUGUGAAUCCAUUUUUUUUUCUCCAAUUUUGUCAGUAAAUUGUAGAGGAACACAACUUGUCUGCUAUUGAUGACCUCUUUAUGAGUUGUGAUCAAGUGAGCCUGUGCUGUGUGUACAAAUACACAUCCUUGUGUUGUAAUAUAUACACUUUUAAAGAUAGCUUACAGUAUAAAAAUGUUUUAUGCAUCACUUCUUGAAUAUUCAGCCCUUUUUAAUGUAUAUUUAUUUUUAUGAACCAAAAAAAAAAAAAAAAGAACUAACUUACAAUCCUGUGAAUAUUUCAUCCUCUGAUUCUUCUGUCGUUGCGUUGUUACAAGAGGAAAUCUGUUAUUCCUCCGACGGACUUCAGAAGUUUAGAUGACAAGAAGGUGGCUCUCGGAUCUUUCAUUUUACUGCCAAGUCAAGUGGAAUUUCAAAACUAGUUCUUCAAAGUGUACAGUUCACCAUUUGACUCUAAUCUGAAAUGCCACGAGAGAAUUGGUAAAUCCAACUAUAUGUUUGUUUUGUUACCAUGUGAUUGAUAUAUAUAUAUAUAUAUAUAUAUAUAUAUAUAUAUAUAUAUAUAUAUAUAUAUAUAUAUAUAUAUAUAUAUAUAUAUAUAUAUAGUGAAACCAAAGAUGACAAACCCUUUUUUAAAAACCAUUUUAGUAAUGAAUGAUGCCUGGAUUCAGUUGAAAAACAAAUAUGAUUUUUCUCUCAUCCAAAAUGAGUCAUUAAUAAAAUCAAAGAAGGAAACGCUCGUCUUCCUUCACUGAUGUCAAUAGCUGAUGAGUGACAUUUUUAAAUGCAUGGAGCUACAGUGAGGACACUGUGGUAGUGAGGCUGCAGCCCGUAAAGGAUCACAGAAAAUACCGGAGCCCUGCUCUCAAGCCAAAACGUUUCCUUCACUGUGAGUGCCCUCCCUUUUGCUUUUAUAGUCUGAACUGAAGAAACGGGAGAAGAUUAUUUUGUUACGUGACUUUCUCACUGAUGUUGUGGCUGUGUGUGAAGAAAUACUGCUUGUUCUUGCCUAUUCAGGGAUGGAGGGGGCUCAACAUUUUUAGCUCGGUGUUUGUUGCGAUUCCACGUCAUGGCAUGAUUGUGUUUGCGUUGUGAUGACUUGACACAGUGACACACUGACACGCGUCGUUUUGGUCGGGUCAUGAAUUGGGCCGCACAUCGGCUAACUCCUUGUUAAUACCCUUCCUUUUCCACUCCAAGCGUGUCACCAUUCAAAAAAACGGAUCAGUUUCCUGAAAGUGGAAGCAGCAAGUGCUCUAUUGUUUAUUCUUCCAGAACCCGACAAUCAGACAGAUGUGUACUAUAGUUUAUCAUUCAAACACACAGCUUUAGUGAGUUUUGAGUCGUUUAUCGACCUCAUUCUUCAGUCUGACGCGAGAGAGAGUUUUGUUUUUAGCUCUGCAGGUGAUGUUGUUGUGAGUCCUGGAAACACAGUGGAGGCAAAACAGCCAUGGAAGGCGAAGGGUGUGGUUUGGAGCCGGUGUCAUGAUGGUGUUGAAGGCGGGCACACACUGAGUCACCUGGAGCACUGACUGCUGAUGUUGCUUUUGAAAAACUUUUCCCAAAUGCCAGGACACAUACUUCAGGGUUAAAGAAAUGCAAACCCGCAGAAACGAAUCAUGUAGAAACUCGAUCCUGUUCUGCGUCAUUUCAGUUAUUAUUAUAAUAAGUUGAAAGCUAUUGUUUUUCUUUGGAAAUAUAGAAAUGUUUCUUUCCAGUAAAAAGCUUCACAAACAAAAUACAAAAAAAAAAACAACAACAAACAAUGUCUGUAAAUAUUUUAUCCUCUGAUUCUUCUGAAGUUGCGUUCAAGACAAGUGGAAAUCUGUUAUUCCUCCGACGGACUUCAGAAGUUUAGAUGACAUGAAGGUGGCUCUCAGAUCUUUCAUUUGUCCACCAAGUCAAGUGGAAUUUCAAAACUAGUUCUUCGAAGUGUACGGUUCACCAUUUGACUCUAAUCUGAAAUGCCACGUGAGAACUGGUAAAUGUUUAAAGGUGUAAUGUUGACCUUUUUUGUUUCUAUUUUGGUUAGCAUAUGACAUAUACAAAAACAAUCCUAAUUUGUGAAACCAAAGUUGUAAUUACCAAAUAAGUAUGAGAGCUAUAGUUUUUUUUUUCUUGCAUCCAAAUGCACCUCAUAACCACAUUGAAAGAAGAUGGAUCAUUUAGAAAUGAGAGAGAGUCUCCACCACACACCUCAUUUUCACUCAUUUAGUAUCAUCGCCCUUUGUUUAUUUUAUCCAUACAAAUGGUAAUCCAUUUUUUUAAUUCUAGUUUUUUGAAACAUUAGACGAAGGCAGACAGUCACAUGACCUCCUGGAUAGAGGUAAUAACGGUAUCAUCUAACUCUGUUUCAGACCAAGGCUGCAGAAGCUCUCUCAGUGUGUGCCCACUUGUAGCGCUUGUUUCACUGAAGCCCACGUAAAGAUAAAAACACUCACUCUUUUUUUCCUGUGGAGGGCAUUAGUGACUAUCACCUGACGGUCAUACAUCCAUCCAUCGUCUCCAAUAAUAUCAUCCGCCGCCUCCAAAACAACCAUGUGUUGAUUUGUGAUCCGGACUGACAAUCUCAACUCAUCUGUGCAAGUUUGCUCGGCCGGCUCACUGCAUGAUGAUGCGACCUUGCUGCAGGUUCAGAACUUGGUGAUGGAGUUGUUUAUCACACGGAACAAGAUGCUUUCUCCUUGUAUAAAAAAAAAAAAAGCCUACAAACAUACUGGACUUUUAUUUGAAACUUUCUUUGCAGUGCUCUUUCUUUGUGUCUCAUGUGGAUGCAGUCCAAUAUAUAUAAAUAUACAUAUAUACAGUGAAUGAUUUUCAUUAGGAGUCCUGGUAGUGCAGUGUUCCCAAGAGACGAUGCAAUAGACGCGCCAUCUUUCUUUUCAGUGUGUGUAACUUGGGAAAUGAUUUUUUACGACUAAAGAGAGACGCACUCCUCAGCUUCUGGCGUUUGAUAAACAGCCUACAAAGGAGCCGCGCUGCUUUCCUGCGAGCUCAUCUGUCUCCGGAGAUACCAGAGAGGCGUGUUGGCCAGAGAGAAUGCCAAUCAUUUGGGGAAUUCUAUAUUAUAUACAGUUGUAUAAUAUACUAAAUAUAUAUGGACUCAUGUUAUUUAUGUGGAUUUAAGUCGAAUUAAAAGUCUGAUCCCGAA